GCCAAAAUGUGAUGUCGACGUCUGUUAUAAUACCUGUUAAACAUAAAUUUACAAAACCAGAACAGUAUAAAGCAGAUCAUAAAUUAAUUUAUAUAGAGGAUCCAGAUCAAUUUGGUACGUUAGCUGGUAGACCAAAAAUUCCAGAAGAUACGCUAGAUGAUGAGGGAGACAUAAUAGAACAGCAAUAUCUUGAAAACCGGCCAUUACAAUCACAGAAGCUUACUAUAAGACAAUAUGCAGAUAUAAUAAAACAAUAUUUAAAGCAUAAGAGAAUAAAAGAAGCUAUCGACGUUUUAGAAAUAAGAAUGCUAAAAGAAGAUAGAGUUAAACCUCAGAAUUAUAUUUAUAACAUAUUGAUAGGUGCAUGCGCUGAAGUAGGAUAUACAAAGAAAGCUUUUAAAUUAUUCAACGAUAUGAAAAAGCGUGCGCUCAAACCCACUGGGGAUACUUAUACAUGUUUAUUUGAAGCUUGUACUAACAGUCCUUGGAUUACAGAUGGCCUGAAUAGAGCUAAGAAUUUAAGAGAACUUAUGAUCGAAAAAGCCAUUGAACCGAACUUAACAAACUAUAAUGCCAUGAUUAAAGCAUUUGGUCGCUGUGGAGACAUUACUACUGCUUUUAAAAUUGUGGAUGAAAUGGUUUCUAAAAAAAUAAAAAUUAGAAUUCACACAUUAAACCAUUUACUACAUGCCUGCAUAAGUGAUAAAGACAGUGGAUUGAGACAUGCACUUAUUGUUUGGAGGAAAAUGUUGAGAUUGCGAGAAAAGCCUAAUAUUUACUCCUUCAACCUUAUGUUGAAAUGUGUUAAAGAAUGUAAUUUAGGUCAUAAGGAAGAUAUUGAAGAACUACUUCAGAUCAUCCAAGAACAAUUUCCAAAAGUAUUAAACAAGCCACAAAUGGAACUUUUACAAAUUGAAUCUACUGAUACAAAUAGUACAGAAGCACUGAAAAGCGAAAAACAAUCAGAUAGUAAAGCAUUUACAGAUAAACAAAAUCAGCAGAACACAAAGGGAUUAUUAACAGAAAUUAAUACAUACACAAGUACUGACAUAAACCAAGUGGACAAUGAACUUCAUGGUUCAAAAAAUAGUGAACAGUUAGAUGAAAUUUUACUUAGUAUAAACAGUAGAUAUGAGUUAAGAAUACAACCAAAGCCAGACUUCACUAUUGUAGAAAAUAGUAAACUAGUUAAAACAGAAGAAAGAACAGUACCAAACCUUUUAUCAAAAACUAUAAAAAUGAACAAAGUACUCGCAGUUCAGGAAAUCCAUUCUGUUCAAGAUAAGUUUACUAUUAUAGGAGGACAAGAAGAUUUUCUAAAAGAAAUGGAAACAUAUUCAGUAAAACCUGAUAUAAAAAUAUUCACACAAAUGUUGCCUUUAAUAGAUGAAAGUACAGAGGCUGAAAUAAAACUUUUAGAAGUUAUGAAGUCACAGGAUAUCAAAGCUGAUAUAAAUUUCUAUAAUAUGCUUAUAAAGAAACGAUGUUUGCGGCUUGAUUAUAAAGCGGCUUUUGCUGUAAUGGACAUAAUAGAACAAGAAAGCAAAUAUCGCAAAAAAAAAUACCCUAUGAAAAAAAAAAUUGCAUUGAAAAUCAACAUAAUGACCUACGGAGUAUUGGCAAUGGCUUGCAAGACCAAAGAAGAUGCAGAGAAAUUGCUCAAUGAGAUGAAAGAGAAACAACUUAAGGUUAACAUAGAAAUUGUAGGAACAUUACUAAGACAAGGAACAGCACAUAACCAAUUUGACUAUGUGACAUACAUAAUGAAUACUGUUGUGCAAGAAAAUUUGAAAGUUAAUGAUGUAUUUGUCAAGCAUUUGGAGGCGUUUAACAAUAAAUGUGCCAAGAAGCAUGAAAAUAAGGAACAAAACAAGUCUAACUUGUUAGAAAAAUAUAGAAAGUUCUUAACUACAUACAAUAACUGGCUAAAAGAGGCCAAUGUGGAGCAUGCAUUACAAUCUGAUCAUCCAUGGCAACAGUUCAGAGAAAAACCGCCCGAGACAGUACAACGACACAAUAUUGAAAUUGUGGAGCCUAAGAGAUUUUAUAAGAGGAAUCGGAAGUAUGUGCCAUAUGCUCCACGAGUAUAAUAAAAUGAAAUGUAUACACAAGUCAAUUAAAAUUUUAUUUUGUAAUUAAAUGGAAACAUUACAAUUUUACUUUGACUUAUUACCCUUAGUCUAAAUUUUGAUGUGGUGGAGU